CUGAACCGACCGAUCCCGGAGACCCCGACCGGACUUUCCCCGGUGCUCCCGGGGAUCCUGAACCGACCGAUCCCGGAGACCCCGAACGGACUUUCCCCGGUGCUCCCGAGGAGCCUGAACCGACCGAUCCCGGAGAUCCCGACCGGACCGAUCCCGGUGCUCCCGGGGAUCCUGAACCGACCAAUCCCGGACUUUCCCCGGUGCUCCCGGAGAACAGGACCGGACCAAUCCCGGUGCUCCCGGGGAGAACCGACCAAUCCCGGAGCCCCCAAUCGGACUUUCCCCGGUGCUCCCGGCGGCCUGACCCCCCCCACAAAGCCCCGGUGCCGGUACCGGUGCCCACCCCCGUCGCACCAUGAAGCCCCCGGUGCUGCCGUUGGUCCUGUGCGUCCUGGGUGUCAUCGCAGGGCAAUUGGAUGCCUCCUUUGAGGUGUGGAUGGAGCCAAAGGAGCCGCUGGUGGAAUACGGGGGCUCGUUGAGGUUGAAGCUGAAGACGACGUGCGAGGCCCCCGAUGCAAGCGGCAACAUUGAGACGUCGCUUCGGAAGAUGUUGGGGCCAUCAGGGCCGAAGGAGACGGUGGUGGAUCUCCUCAACGUCACCGAGUGGAACUCCAGCGUCCAAGGCUUCUACAACUGCUACCAGGAUAGGAUAGUGGUGACCACCAAACUCACCGUCUACCGAGCUCCAGAGCUGGUGGUGCUGGAGCCGGUGCCGGCGUUGGAGGUGGGGAAGAGCCAGGAGGUGAAGUGCCGCGUGACCGGCGCGGCGCCGGUGAGGAAGCUGGUGGUGACCCUGCGGCGGGGCGAUGAGACGUUGAGCACCAAGACCUUCCCCGAGCACAAGGGGGACAAGCCGGAGGUGGUGUUGGUGACCCACCAACUGACGGCACAGCGCCGGGACCACGGGCACAACAUCACUUGCCAAGCACUACUGGACCUGGCACACCACGACCCACGCCUCAACGUCACCUCUGAGCCCCAGAUGUUGACCGUCUACGAAUUCCCAGAGGACCCCGAGAUGGAGCCUGACAUCUACCUGGAGGUCGGCGAGAAGGUGAAGGCCACUUGCGCCGUCGGCGACGUCUUCCCGGCGCCGCUCUUCAAGCUGGACCUUGCCAACCAGACCCUACCGCUCUCCAUCAGCCAGGAUGGCCACCGGGCCACCGCCGAGGUGGCCCAGAGCCAGCCAGGAGACUUGAGGUUGGUUUGCACCGUGAGUGUGGGACCGGUGGAACGGAGGAAGGAGGCGACCGUCCACGUCUACCGUUUCCCCUCGCCGCUGUUGAACCUCAGCACCCCCAGCUUGGCAGUGGGCACGGAGGUGGAGGGGCUCUGCCAUUUGCCACCCGGCCAUUCCACCGAGCUCCGGCUGCGGAUCCGCGUCGGCCACCGCGUCCUGGUGCCCUGGGGACCAUCCCCACUGUCCUUCAACCUCACGGCGCAGGAGGAACAUCAUGGAAAGGAGUUGAGCUGUGAUGCCCAACUAUUGGACGGUAGCAAAGCACCAAGGAAGACCAAGACCAUCCGGCUCAACAUCACCGCCGGACCCCGGAUGGACAAUGAGAGCUGCCCCCCCAGCCAGAACUGGACAGAGGGGCAGGAGGAGACCCUGAAAUGCAGGGCACAGGGCAACCCCCCACCCCACAUGGAGUGUGCCAAAAACGGGGAGUCCUUCCCCGUUGGGGUCCCGCACCCCGUCACCCGCACCCACGCCGGCACCUACCGCUGCAGGGCCACCAACCCGCUGGGGACAGCCGUCCGGACCAUCACCAUCUUCGUGCACUACCACGACCCUGACCUGCUGCUCCUGGUGGUGCUACCACUGGUGGUGGUGGCCGCGUUGGUGGCCGCGGGGGUGGCCUACGGCAUCUACUACCGCAAGAAGAAAAUCCGGGAAUACCGGCUGCAGCAACGGCAGAAGCAGCUACAGAUGAAGUCGCCGCGGCCACCGGGAUCCUCGGAGGAAACGGCCGCGCUCAACGGUUCGGCGUUGGAGGGUCAACCAUAACUGGGACGGGACGGUGGAGGGACCACGGGCAAGUUGUCCCGGCUGCUGGCUCCCUCCUACUGGUGUGACGGUGACACGGGGGACCGCGGUGGGAUGGUGGAGGCUACGGUGAGGCAAUGCCACCGCUGUCACCGCAGGAAGGUGAUGGCUCCUGGAUGGGGACAUGCCAUGUUGGCACGCGGUUGGGAUGCCGGAGGGGCAUCCAGCCUCAACGUAGUGGAGAAGCUCCUUUUCUCUCCAAACUUCAUCCCUUGGGAGACUCCAAGCUGGUGACACCGGAGCCGGGGGAGCUUGUUGCCCCAGAGGGGGCUGAAUCCCAGGAUUUUGGUGCCCAGGUGGCAUCGGCACCGGUUGGGCGAGGAGGGAGAUGCAGCCGCCGGAGAGACUGGAAGACGCCGUGGCGACUGGAACGCGACGGGUUGCACCAAUAAAGGCUGUCGACGGCAUCGCCGGGGGGUUUGGUUGGGGUUGGGGGCAACCAAAUCGCCGGGGAGGUUGGUUGCCAGUAGAUGGGGUCAUAGAAUCACAGAACCUUCUAGGUUGGAAGGGACCUUCAAGAUCAUCUUGUCCAACCAUCAACCUAAUUUUGACCAAAAUAAAGCCCCACGCAACGAACAAAAAGCAACACCAUCACCAAA